CUUAGAUGUAACUAAUCAGUUUGUAAUCAUCAUCAUCAGAAAUGGUGAACGAAAUACUGCAAAACGCAAUAUCAUCCCUCAAAGCCCUUCGAUGUCCGAUUUGCACGAACGUGCUGCGACCGCCGAUCCGCACGUGCACCGCCAACCACACGUUCUGCCCCAACUGCAACAUAUGCACCACCCGGUGUGGCAAAACCUCCUCGUCCAGGACUAACGAAGCUCUCGAACAGAUGUUCCUGGUGCUCAAGGUGCCCUGCAUCUACGAGCUGGACGGCUGCGACCACGUGGAAAGGGGCGCUACCAUAACGGACCACGAGGCGGAGUGCAAGUACAAACCGUUCCCGUGCCCCUUGGAGGUGGACUUCGACUGUCCUUGGGUCGGGAACAUGUGCGAGAUCGACGAGCAUCUGAGCGUGGACCACAGGAGCCACGUUUUCGGGUCGGGGAAGCAGUUUUGGAGGAACGUGGACGGGUGGUUUUAUCUUCAGGACCAGGAGGACGCGAGCAAGCUGAGGGCUUCGUUCAAUCAGCAGUGCAGUUGUUGGUGCGUUUGGAUUUUGGGGAGACUGUUCAGGAUUGUCGUUGAGGUGGACGAGUACGAGUUUUGCAUUUGUGCUCACUUAAUAAAGGAUUUUAGUGAUGAUGAGGAGACGAAGUUUUCGUGUGACUUUGCCAUUUUGGAUAAAAAUCUCGAGGAGAAAAGAGCUAUGAGUAUAGUUUGUAAAGGGUUGGAGGUACAUUCGAAAAAUCAAAUGGUUGAUGGUGUAAAAUGUGAUGUGACGGAAUAUUUAAAUAACGAUGAGUGUUUAUUUUCUGUUGAGAUUGUUAAAAGACUAGAUGUUUAG